GUACACGUAUUUUCGUUUCCACUGAACGAAAACGGUCGUAAAAGAUGGCUCAAUGCAAUCCCUCGUAGUGACUGAUUUAGUGGUUACAAAAUUUACACCCGAGUAUGUAAUUUGCACUUUGCUGAGGACAGCAUCAUUUGGGAAUCUACCUUCCAUGACGAAAAGACAGGACAUAUCAAGCAGAAGAAGCCGAUAUGAGAAAUUGAGGGACAAGGAACAAGAACAACUACUUAAAGCACUGCAAACUAGCAUUGAUGAUUAUUCCUCGUAUCAAACAUCAACUUGUUUUCAAAAUUAUUCAGACUUUCUCACAGUUUUCAGUUCAUGGCAAUGUCCAUAUGGGUGGCAUGAAAUUGUUCAGGAUAAAGUUACUUUAUUUAAGUUAGAAUAUAAACCAGCACCCAUCAUAACUCACUCUGUAAUUGUUGAUAAAGAUCUCAAUGUAAAAACGUAUAUGUACUCCCAAGAAUUGUUACUCAACUCAGGUAAUAUUAAAACUCCAAUGUUACGUAUUUUGCGUGAUUGGCUUUUCAGUUUCCGUUGA